GUUUUCCACUUGCACCGUGGUCGGCCGAUUCAGUAGUACAGCCAGUCACGUGACCGACGUGCCCCGUCCGUUCCACUGGCACCGACAUGGCGUCCGUCAUCAAAGACACGGGCGAGAUCUGGGGCAGAUUGUUCGACCAUCGUCCGUUCGUCCAGGGGGAGGUCACGUUUUUCCUGCGAGAGUUUCAGGAAAAAAGGUCUGACAGGGAGGUGGAACGGCUGUUCAAGAUACUCGAGUUCACGACGGAGCUGAAGGAGAACCAGUUGGAUCGUACCGAGCAACUUGGCGACUGUCACUUACCUAGCCUCAAGGCAAACGUAGAUGUUGCGCUGAGUAUGUGCAACCGCGUCUUACAGAGGGAGGAAAAUUUCGAUAGCGAUAACGUUUUGAGCGAAAACAGAUUGCUUAGGAAGAAGGAGUGGGAGAGAUUCAUAAAUGAUAUGAGCGACAAGUGUCAAAAGGUGGACCAAACUUUCCAGGAGAAGGAAAACGAAAUACAGGAGUUCUAUAUUGACCUGGAGAAGAAAUUGCAUAUUACGCCAUAAGAAUAAUAAU